AUGAAUUUUGAUGCGGUAGCAGAUCAACAGAUGACUGACAGAAGGUAUUUUGCUCUCGAAGUAGCAGAAAGCGAUGAUGCCGACAGCUCAUUAAAUUCUUCAUCCAUGGGAAGCCCCGCAGUGGAUGUAGGAAGAAAAGUUUACAAAAUCACUUCGCACAAGGGUUCAGCAGAAGAUGAGAGUCAAUCCUUUUUUACUUCUUCAGAUUCUCCAACAUCCAAAACAAGGCCUGUAGGUAAAACCAUCGAAAACGAUGAUUACUAUGGUAAAAGAUCUUCUACAGGUUCAUCGCUCAAACAACUCUUCAAUAAAAUUAAUAUUAAUGAUACCGCUCACUCUUCAAACAAAGAAAAUGUAUCUCAGUCGGUGCUAUCGGAAAACAAGCUGCUCUCUCCAUCUAAAAGGUUGUCGAAGCAAGGUCUUACAAAGGUGACUAACUCCAAGUUUCGUACACCCUUGAGACCUAUUUCAAACCAAUCGACUUUAUCAAGGGAUGAGCCUGUUAAAGAUUUUAGAUCACUUAAGUUUCGGAGCGGUAGUGAUUUCAAAUGCUGGGGUGACGAGAAGACAAGUUCUCAUGUUCAUUCAUCCAGUGUGAACUCAGUUAAUUCCUUUACUUCUACCACCUCUUCUUCAAAGUGGAAGUUCUGGAAAAAUGAUAACCUAUUGUCGAGGUCGCUAUCUUCCAGAUCUGUGAAUGACCAAGAUCCGAACUUUGUUCAGCCAAAACCAACCAAUUCGUUACAAAAGAAGUCUUCAAUUUCAAGUUUUCACAAUUCUAUUUUUGGUGGUGGCAAACACACAGAGAAGAAGAGGAAUUCUGGAUUUAUUAUGCCCGAUCAUCAGAGCACGAAGGAGCUAAACCACAAACAUUCAUCAUCGAACCUUUCCUUUAGAAGUUUGAAGCAUAAAACAUCACAUUCUUCACUAAAUAAGCUCAAAGUAAGGCGUAAAGGAAAUACACAAGAACUGAAUCAUCCGAUCAAAAAAACUUGCCAAAUAUCAUUGCCUGUUCCAGACCAAGUCUCAAAGGACAAGAUUCAACUGAAAUUGAAAAAUUCAACAUCAUUGGCAUCCUUAUCUUCAGAAGUCACUCCCAUAAACACUUUGGACUACAAUGAUUCAAUUUUGCAACAAAUAUUACAACUUUGUGAUGUUAAGUAUAUAUUACAUGAUCUACGUGAAGCUCAGUCAUUAGGCUUGUUUACGUUGAAUACUAGAUCGGUUCAGCUGUCUCAUAACUUUUGGCAAACUUAUCAUAGCGAUAUGCAAACUUCACUCAUUUGCAAGAAAGUAUGUCUAGGGGCUCUAAGUGAUUUGACUACUUCAAACUUGAUAUCCUUACAUGAAUUGAAAUCAUUACGGUUAAUACAAGGAACUAGCGGUGUCGCCAAUUUACUGCAAGCUUAUGUUGUGCCCUCAAAUCAAUGUGAAAAUGACCAAAACUUGAUACUGUACUUAUUUUUCAAAUACCAGGGAACUCCUCUAUCAAGGUGCUCUAACAUUGAUUACUCUCAAGCAUUGUCUAUUUUCUGGCAGUGCAGCAGUAUUUUAUAUGUUGCUGAAUCCAAAUUUCAGCUCGAACACAGGAAUCUAACUUUGGACCAUAUUUUGAUAGACUCUAAAGGGAAUGUUACUUUAAUUGAUAUGAAGUGCUGUCGUUUCUUGAAUAUAGACAACAAUAAGGCUUCCUAUACAAGAUUAGACCAUCAUUAUUUCUUCCAAGGCCGGGGGACUCUUCAAUUCGAGAUAUAUGAACUGAUGAGAAGCAUGCUGCCUCAGCCAAUAUCCUGGGCUACAUUUGAACCAAGAACAAACCUAUUAUGGUUAUAUCACCUAAGUAGCAGCCUGCUAAAAAUGGCCAAAAAAGCCGUAGUCAGCGGCGCUUUGAACCGGGAAGAAAAUAUCUUAAUCGAGUUGACGCACUUACUCGAUCCUGCUCGAAAACAUUCCAAAACAAUUUUCAAAAAGGAACUUGUUAUAAGAACUUGCGGUGAUUUGUUAUCUUUGAAGGGAGAAAUAAUGCAGUAA